GAAUGAUAGCAUGGUACUUAAUUGUUUUUUUUUCCAUCUAGGAAUCCUUUAAAAACAUCUCAAUCUUUACAAUGUGUUUGGAUGUCUAGUUAUUGCUUACCAGCAUAUCUCUUUUAGGGAACUUUGUCUGUUACCAUAGUUACAGAAUCUUCUAUCAAAAGUUAUAGAACCUUGCUAAUGUUACAUGAAUGUAGUGCUUUAUUGCUAUUUUGUUUGUCAUGGUGAUUGCUUCUAUGGUUCAAUGGUGUGUCAUACUCCAUUUAAACAUUUCGUCGUGUUUGCAGGUUCCUUUUGUCCUUCUUGAAACUGGCAAGUGGCCACAAUCUGAAUAUGUUGUUAUCAACAUGGAUGCUUCGCGACAUCCCCUACCCCUCACGACAGUUUAUCACCAAUUGCAACCCAUUGAUGCUUCUCCUUAUACAUUUCUUCAGGCACUAUUUGGUCAUGAAUACCCUGUAAGAGUUAUGGCUCAUCAAUCGGUUGACUAAUUUCAAUACAUCUCCAUGUCAUCUGCCAUUACAAACUGUUGGUUUCUCAUUUCCUUGAGAUGCUAUUCAAUUGCAGCUUGAACAUUUGAGUCAUUCUUAUAGUUUCGCAAUUGGUUAAUCUUAACUAUGUUGAUGCACAAAGUCAUUCGGUUGAAUUCGUUUUUUGUUGAAGGUUGGUCUACUUGAUGAGGAGAAGAUACUUCCAAUAGGAAAGGAGAUAACUGCGAUUGGAAUGUGCGGUUCCAGAAGUGGAAUUCCUGAGAUAUCACCUUGCAGAGAUCUUCCUUAUUUUCUGUAAGUAGGCCUUCUUACCAUAGUUGUUAAUAGGUCAAUAUACACUAACCAGUACGUUCCAAGUGGCAGGUGUGGCUUUAAAUAACAUAUUGAUCUCCUGCUUCAAUUUCAUGAGAACUUAAAACAAAUGGUCAAUGGAAAAUUGUUAACAAUUGCGCUGAACAGUUGCAUUAUUCUUUGUGAACUAUUAUUGGGAUUUGUAGCUUAAGUGGUUCCUGUACUUUGAUGAUUUCCUAGGUCUUGUACACUACUUGCCUCCAAUUAGUGUCAGUUGAAGCAAUAAUGUGUUUGAUGAUUGAUGCAAUUUUUUUUGGCUGACCUUUAUAUAAUUUUGUUUUUUAAUCUUAUAAUGGCCUCACCAGUGUGAUCCUCUCCAUUACCCUAGCAAUUAACAACAAAAGGAAAAAUGACAAAACAGACAAUAUCAGGGAUGAUUUCCACAAACCCUCACCUAGGGGUGGGCUGUUUUUAGUCAUUGGGACCCUAGGAUUGGGCACCCUCAAGGAUUCUCAUUUCCAUGGAUUUAGUAAUUAGCACCCUUUUUUGCUCCACCAGACAAGGGAUUUGGAAGAAAGCCUCUACUCAUGGAAUUCUCGCUCAAGCCUAUGAAUCAUUUAAAUGUGCUUGUUUGUUCUCUCUGUUGCUGAUUUUUGUGAUUGCCUUCACAACGUACUUGUUUUAUUCGGUGGUCAUUAGUGCUUGAAAAGCUUUUCCAUCCUGCAGUUCUGACAUGACCAAGGAUCAAAUGGUUUUGGAUCUGGGCUUCAAGACGAAAGUACUAUUGUGGAGUGGCAUUGCUCUCGGUUCACUCUCUGCCGGCAUUCUUAGCUAUGCAUUCGUGAGGAACUGGAGCAAAUGGAAACUGUGGAGGCAACAGAGACUGUCUCAGCAGUCAAGGGAAGAAACUAGCGAUCCCCCUCUUCUUGAUUCCGAGGAGGAUGUCACGGAUGUACCAGACGGGCAGUUGUGCGUCAUAUGUCUCAUGAGGAGGAGGCGUUCCGCCUUCAUCCCCUGCGGGCACCUUGUCUGCUGCCAAGUCUGUGCUAUAUCGGUCGAGCGCGAGUCGUCCCCCAAGUGCCCUCUCUGUCGGCAGCUCAUCCGGAACUCAAUCAGGAUAUUCGAUACUUAAUAUGUGUGGUCUCAAAGUAACAAAUCCAGCAACCAUGGCCAUUGUUUGAGGUAUAGUAGCCUGAUCUGUUACUUCUUGACUUUUGCUGCUGGUUUCAAUUAGAAGACCCGACUUGUUUGUGAAUAUAUAAAAGAGUAGAUCGAAGGGGGCGUUUUACCUGAAAAGAGUGAGCAUGUCAGUUUGUUGACAUCAUGUUCUUGUGUCCACUAGUUCUUGUCAUUUUGUGUUGACAUUAUGUAGAUGAAUCUUUAAGCUCUUUUGAUUGGAUAGCAGAAUCCAGCACAGCAAAAAAAUGCACUAGUAGUUGCCAAAACUUGCUCAAUUUGGUACGUUGAAUCUCUGUCUGUUGGCCGUUGUCUCGAUGUGGAGUUUCUUUGUUCAUUCGAGACAAGAAGAUUCUGCAUGUAUUAUUGUAAAUUCCAUCUCUGCAAUCAACAUUAAAAAAAAGAAUUCAAUGUGUUGCGCACUGUUGUCGAGUUUGUUUGUUGAGAUUUUGUCAUUGUCGCUUCAUUUCAAAAUUACAUGUUUUUUUGUCCCACUCGGGAGGUGUCAAAUGGGUUGGGUUGGGUCUAUACGCGAGUUGCAGAUCGGUUACGAGUCACUAUAGAUCAUGGGUCGAAGUGGCAGGUCGUUAGUAGUCGCGGGUGUUUGAUAAAACCGGUUUGUACUACGAAGUGGAUCAUAUCGGGUCACGAGUCGUGUUUCUCCUCCCUUUUUUCAUUCACAUGUAUGUCACGAGCCGAUGAGUCGAAAGGAGUUGGGUCAUUAUCACUAGUCACUUGUUGAGACAGGUUGAGAUGGGAAUAGACUAAUGAAUCGGGUCAACCAUUGCUGCUGCUGCUGCCGCCUGUAUGUUGCAAUCAAGACUUUUAAAAGGACUAAUAUUGAAAACUAUAUAUGUUUGUAGUACUACUGUCUCUUACUUGCGACUUGUUCAGGCAAUAGAAUAGAAUAUACAUGAUGAUGAGGAAACUAAUAUAUUGUAGUAAGAAAGCGGGCCUUCUCUUCUCAGGACUUGGUGAUAGGGUUGUCCAGUCCCUCUCUGUUUCAUGAAUGAUGAUGACUAUUGACUACCCAAGAUUAAGAUAUGGAUUUUGGAUUGGGCCCAUCACCUGAAAGAUCCAAAUCUAUCCCCCAACUUGAGGAAGCCCUUCGUAUUAGGACACGUCAUCUUAUUAAUUAAUUUAAUUCCUUUAUUCUAAAGUCUAAACCAAGUAAUUUACAAGUUUGAUUUGGGACUAUAUAUGAGAACUUAAGACUCCAACUUUGUGCACACACUAACCAAUUGGAUUCAGAUCUCGGUGCUUAACUUUUUUACUUAAUUUAACGUAUUAUGUCCGGGUUUUUUUUUUUUUAUAAAUGUUUUGAGUUUGUAGUAGUUGAUACGUUUGAAAUACUUUGAUUCUCCUCCUUUCCUUCAUCUGAGAUUGGUGUAAAAUUUGAUAUCGUGUUUCUUUUAGCUCAUUGUUUUUUCUAUAUAGAGAAACAUGUGCAAAAAUUGAUUCACACAAUUUGUUAUAUAUAUAUUUCAAUCACCUCAUAAUACAAUAGUUGUCCAAUAAUUUUGUUAAUAAGAGUAUGUGGUGGAAAUCUACUCGUGAUUAUUUCACACAUGAAAGUAAGCUGAAAUAAUUAGUGCGACAAAACCAACAUUGAUGUAUGUGGGGUGUGAGUAAACUCACCGCUCUCAGUUCAGACUACAAUGUAAUAUGAGAUUAUGUAAUGAAAUGCAGUAAGUAAUGAAAGAGUUUAUAAAAA